AUGCCCGAAGGCCCUUCAAGCCAAACUCCGGGGCGUCGGGCUUACAAGCGAUAUGCGCCCCAAAUCUGGGAGGAUCACAAGGAUACGAUUCGAGAGCUGUUCGUAGAGCAGGGCAAGACACACAACGAGGUGGCGGCUAUCUUGAAGGACCAUCACGGUCUUGCCGUCGGAAAGACGACCGAAUGGGGCUUCGUCAAGAACAUUCCUGCAAAGGAGAUGGCCAAAAUGGUUCGCCAUCGGCAGCGACGCCAGAAACAGGAUGGCCGCCCGACCAGGUUCCAGCGCGAUCCAGGCGCUGGAGGAUAUCAAGUGGUCCCCGCGGCCAAGCUGGACGCCUACCAGCAGCGAUCCAGAGUUCCCGAAGACUUCAUGUCUGAUUCCUCCGAUCAGCUCCUAGAGCAGCUCCAAGCGAUCGAGAGCUCUUCCGCCUCGGGCGACCGGUUCAGACGGGAAUUUGCGGAUAUGAAACUGGCCAGGUCGAAGGCUCUGCUGGGGGUUUUCUACUCGUUUAUCGGUCGAUUCUCAGAUGCCGAGAGGGCGUUUGAAGUCAGCGAGCAGUUCAUGGAGCGCGAGACCUGCGCCGAGAUCAAACUCCAUCGCACCUUGUGGUACGCCGAGCACAAGACGAGGGCUCAGGACUGGGACGGCGCAUUUAGCCUCAUGUGCCGUGCCAACAAAGUGUUCAUGGGCAUCGAGACCGCUUCGAGCUUCGUAAUCGACCAUUUCCCCGGUCGAUUCAUAUCGCUUCGCUGGGCCGUCUCGACGCGGACUCCCAUCGACAAGAUCCUCAACGAGGCCGGGAUCGACGACAGACCCUUCGAUUCGCACCUCCCGUCUCCCAUCCCCGGAACUCCAAUGGCUGCUCAUUCAUCACCAGCCGCAGCAGCAGAUUCGGUCCUAUCUCCACAGAGGCUAUUCCCGCCAACUCCAAGGGGCGCUCAAGCAGAGGUCGACAUCGAGGCUUGGCGUCAGUUUGUGGAGUAUACUCCCUCAGAAGGAACGACGGCAAGCGCUGCGACAAAUUGA